UAUUUAUUUAUUUAUUUAUAUUCAAACUCUUCAGCCUCCUUUCCUGUUUCUUCGCCCUAUAAAUCAACCUAGUUUUCAUUUGAUUCUUCAACCCAAACCAAACCCACAUUUCAUCCUUCACAUUACACUUAUUUCAUCUCCGGUUAGUACAAAAUGGAAUAUGAAAAUGAAUACCAGCAACACAUCCCACAGUCAAGAUAUGAAUGCCUUCUUUUUGAUGUGGAUGACACCCUUUAUCCUCUAAGCUCUGGGCUGUCAGCUGAGUGCACCAAGAACAUCAAAGAGUAUAUGGUGAAAAAGCUUGAUAUAGAGGAAAGCAAAGUUCUUGAAAUGUGUGUCCAACUCUACAAGGAUUACGGGACAACAAUGGCUGGUCUUCGGGCUAUUGGCUAUGAUUUUGACGAUGAUGACUACCAUAGUUUUGUUCACGGGAGAUUACCGUAUGAAUAUCUGAAACCCGACCCUGUUCUUAAAAGUCUUUUAAAUAGUUUGCCCAUCAGGAAAGUGAUUUUCUCAAACGCGAACGAGGCACACGUGGCAGAAGUUCUUGGCCGACUUGGAUUGGGGGACUGCUUUGAUGAUGUCAUAUGUUUCGAGUCCCUAAACCCUAAAACCCAAACCGUUAAUGCUUCUAAGAGCGACAACGAACCCGUUGGUUUACUACCAAAGAGCCCUAUUGUUUGCAAACCCUCUGAAAACGCAUUCCAACAGGCUUUUAAGAUGGCCAACAUUAACCCUCAUAAAACCUUGUUCUUUGAUGACAGUAUACGCAAUAUACAAACUGCAAAACUCACCGGCCUUACCACUGUGUGGGUUGGGUCGUCACAGCGUAAGAAUGGCGUGGACUACGCCUUAGAGAGUAUACACAACAUUAGGGAAGCAGUACCGGAGCUAUGGGAAUUGGUCAACAAGUCAAAGGAUGUUCAGCGUUCGCGAAAGAUUGCAAUUGAAACUCCUGUGGAAGCAUAGAUCGCGUAGCGUGUUAUUCUUCUAACCUCUUGGUUCUAAUCUUGAUGUGUACUGAUUAUGAAAAUGAGAAUUUUAAGGUAUUAAUAUUAUUGUAAGUUUGUUAGGAAUGUU